AUGCGAAGCCAUGGAGAAGUAAAAAGCGCGAAGGCUGUCAAGCUCGGGAAGGUUACGUUCGAGGAGCCCGAGGAGAAUGCCCGGGACCCACUGAACAACACUGUCAACUUGGAGGACCAGAAGACUGAGGAAGGUGCUCGGGACUCACAAUACAAACGCCUGGACUCAGCCCACUCCACCGUCUCCAAUGCCGCGGUUGGUCACAGCUUUUCCGAAAUUGUGCCCAAGGGACGAUGUGUUGUUGCCGCUGUACUCAUAUGCGUUCUUCCGUCGCUCACCAUGUUUGUGCUGGGCUACCUGGUUGGUGGCCAGUGGGCCUACCGUGGGCCGAGUGUGUUGUCCCCCAAAGGGACCUGGUACUUGACUAGCCUUGGCCUGGCCAGCAUUCUGCUCAUGGUCUUGAUUCCAUAUGUGACGUUGGCCGUGCUGCUUGAACACAUGGCCCGAUUGCAAAGCAAGGAACCCCGUAGAAUCACGCUUGCUCAGCAAAAGCUUAAUGACCAGAAGAUCAUCAAAGUCUUUGAAGCUAACUGGACGCGUGGCUUCCGAGCCUGCAGGAUUUGCGCCCGCGCCCUUUUGAACAUCUUCCUGUUCACAUACGCUCUUUUUGAGCUGCCGCCCCGACACCCGGAGCAGUCAUUGAACCAGACAAAGCACGUGCUCGGCUGGCUUGAGUUCUGCGGCGUGUGGUUCAUCGUGCUUGUGUUUCUGACCAAGGACAUGCUCGUGGCUAGUGGCAAGGCUCUUGGGCUUCAGGUCAUUGAUGCACCGCACAGGGCUCACUUAAUCCGAAGCCUCGCUGACUUCUCAGCUCUCGCAUUGCUUCGGCUGGCCAACCCUCAUCAGUGUCUUGAGAGGUUGCAGCGAGCUUACUACGAAUGCAACAUUGCAGUUUUUCUGGCAGAGCUGGCCUCCGCCUUUUUCGGUGCUGCGUUGGGUAUAGCAGCCUUGGUCAGCAAAAUCGGGGCUACUGCUUUCAUCUCCGGCAUGCUCUUCUGGGACUGGGACCUUCUUCAGUGGCUGACCCUCUUGGGAUUACUGAACAACAUUGCAGGACUGCUACAAAUCGAAGAGCUACGCAUUGAAUCUUGGUGGUUCUUAGGAUGCUUUGGUGGCCUGCCAUGUUUGUUCGUGUUUACACAGGAGACUGCCGCCAGGCUGUUCUUCAACUGGCGAGUGAACUACGCAAGUGAGCAAUGCGGUGAGAGACUCGGCAGAAUUUUCCAGCAGGCCCUGCACAACCACUUGACAAAUGUUUACGGCAGUUGGCAGGGAAGCCUUCUUUGGCUGUCUGUCAACUUCCAAGAUGUCAUGGACGUCCUCAGCAAAGCUGAGCAAGGGGUCAGCAAAGCUGAGAAAGGGGUCAGCACGUCCGUCCUUAGCGAAGUUGAGGAAGGACGCGUCAAAGACAGCGAGUAG